AUCAAAGCCCGUCAACCUUCAAUAUGACAGAAAAGACUAAACCAAACGUCAAAACGUCGUAAAUGUCUCGGUGGGAACCGCAAAAAAUUGUAAACAUAUGAAAAAAUACAAAAAAAUAAUCAUGUGAACCGCAAAUACUUAGCAUGAUAAGUGUCAGAGGGUUGAUUGUUGUAAUGUUGAGAAGCGCUUUCAUCGUCGCUUUCCUCAACAUUCCCAACCCGAUCGUGGCCUUCACUGGCAUCAAGAACUGGUCGCGAAAAGCCCUCUACCAGAAAAUCGACCUCUGCACCCAAUCCUGCUACAGCCAGAUUAUCCCAGGUCUUUAUCUUAGCAAUGCAAGGGCGGCUGCCGACAAAGAUGUACUCAGGCGGCUCAACAUCACGCAUGUCCUCACCAUUGAGGCUCAUCGCUUGCCGAAGUCCACAUUCUAUGAUACAAACAUCAGCACGCUCUUCAUUAGGGCCUACGACACUCCUCAGACCAACCUGCUGCCAUACUUUCCAAUGGCCAACGCGUUCAUCGAUGAGGGAAUCCAGAAGGGGAAUGUCCUCGUUCACUGCCACUUGGGAUCAAGAUCCGCCACGAUAGUGAUGGCGUACCUCAUGGAGAAAUACAAGCUGAGUUUUGAGCAGGCGUUUGUAUAUGUAAGGCAGAGAAGAAGGUUCAUCAACCCUAACCCUGGCUUCGUGAGCCAGUUGAGAGAGUACCAGAGGCAGAACUACGACGUGAACGGUUUCCACCGCUUCGAAGCGUAUAUGAACGUCAAUGCUCGGAAGCAUAAGUACAAGAUAGCUUCGUUUGCUGCAGUGAUGGUUGGGAUUUUAGUUCCCAUAGCUGUCUUGGUUGGUUGACAUUGAACAGUGCAAGUAUUUGUAAUUAAUAAA